AUGGACGAAGGAAGGGGAGCUUCCAGGGGAAGUCCGCGAUCAGGUCAAACAGCUGGCCCUCAAGCACAAGUUGCUGCUAGAAUUUCUUCUCAUUCUGGGCAACAACUGGACCUCGCGUCUGGACCCCAGAAACCUAGUCGGGCUAUACAGCGCCCCAAGCUAGCCGCCUUGCCGAGCAAGAGCUUGAGCUUCACGCUCACCAGCGGGCAGUUUCCUCAGGCCGAUGCUCCACUUGGCGUUCUUGUGUCGCCAAGGGGAACCUUCAUUGGCCCCACUCCUUCCAGUCCGGGGCGCAGCCCCUCAUGUCCCCGACCAGGCACCGGCGGCGGCCUUGGCUUGAGCCCCCGACUUCACAUAAACAGCCCAUGCGCAACGCCGCGCCGGUCCUCUGAUAUUGACGCGAGCUCUGACGGUGGGCCAUGCGGCGCGGCAGAAGCAAAUUUCUGCCGCAGUAGCCGCGCAAUGCGUCCCUGGGAUCAGGUAGCCGGCGGUGUUGAUAACGCUAGCUGCGGCAGUGCAGGGCCGGAGCAGUCUAGCCGAGCAACAGCAGCGACACCGACAGGUGGCCAGGUCAUCGUGCCAGCUGGCGGUCCGGCAAGCGUAGGUGCGGCCGCCGUCACCACCACAGCUAUGCGUGGUGCUGGUAGUAGCACUGGUCGGCCCCAGCCCCGCUCUACAAUUGAGCCAGGUUCGGAUGCCCAGGAAGACGUCUCGCAUCAGCAAAUACAUCAAUUGCAACAACAAGAGCAUCAUCGGGAGCAGCAGCUGGAGCUGGAGCUGGAGCAGCAGCAGCAGCCGGUGCAACAGCAGCGCCACACCCGCCCGACCUCGUCCACGCUCAAGUCUAAAACUGUGCUGCUAAACUUCAACGAGCCCCCAAGCGGCGCAGCUGCGAUUGCGGUUGCUUUCCAUGCUGGAGACGACAUCAACAGCAGCAGCAAUGACAUUAAUGACCUGGCGCCGCCGCCGCUUUCGCCCGAGGCCCGGGGCUCGACCGGCAACGCACCGGAUGGUUCAAUGCUUUUUGUUCGCUCCCCAGAGCCAGACACCAACGACGGCGGCUACUCCAGGGGCAGGUGUGCAGCAAGCUCCGACGCCGUCAUCCCCCGCGGAAAUUCCAAUGGCAACUGCUUCAGCAACAGCGGCAGCGCCCCUUUCCAGGCUCGCGCACUGAAGAGGAUCAUUGAGUGUUGUGAAAGCCGCGCCCAUCCCUGCCAUGUGACCGGUUCGGAUCCGCCUGCUGCGUCCAGUCGCAUGCCACCGCCGUCCAGCAUGUACGGCGGCUACUCGUCACCACCUUUCCUGAUGACCAAGCUUCCCCCGCCACGGGGCAGCCCCCGCCGCGGCGGCACGAGCAGCCCUGCCACCUCCAGCAAUGGUAGUUUACAAGGAGGCAUGGCGCAGCUACAAACUCCACCAUACACGCCCAACACUGUCGCGCAGCUGGGAACAGGCCCAUCGGAAACGGAACUGGGCCGGUCAUCGCCGGUGCCGCCAGUGGUGUCCUCAGCCCCGGUGUCCCCGGUGCGGGGUUCCACGGUACCCAGCGGCAACCCCCCGGGAUGGUCGGGUGCGGCGGAGGCUGGAGCAGCACUGGCGGCUGGCUCAACCCAGGGGACCUCAGGGCUGUCGGAGGCUCAGCGUGCGGCCCAAUCCCAUCCCAACAUAGAGCAGAUUCUGAUGGGGUCUGCAGCAGCGCCGUCCAUGAGGGCCAUGACCCCUUCAUCCACACGGCCAGACUAUCAAAUGCAACAAGCAUUCCGUAACCUCAGCGCUGGCAAGACUCUGAAGAUGAGUGCCCGGGACGAUGUGAUGGAGUUGCAGCGUGCUCAGCUCUAUGCGGAUGCAGCCCUCCUGCGUCAGGUGUCCGCGCUGGUCGCUCCGCAGCAGCAGCAGCCGCGGGGGGCUUCGCCCCAACCUGUCCGGUCCUCGUCACCAGUGCUUGUGGGCGCGGGCCUGCGCAACGCGGUUGGCCGUCAGGUCGGGCAGGCGGCUGCGGCAGGGGCGGCGGCAGCUGCAGCGCUUAUGAACGGCACAGCUGUCGGCCGCUGGACCCUGACCCCAGAGAACAGUCGUCGCACGCUCAACCCACACGACCAAGCAAAGGCUGCUAUGCCGGAGCCUCGUUCCGUCAUUUCCGAGGCAUCUGUGGGUUCAGGCACCGGAGCGGCGGGCGCUGCAGCUGUGGCCCAGCCGGUGGUCAGCCCGCCGGCGGGUGUGGUGCCCUUCUCUCCUGACGAUGUUGCCUUCCAACCGGUGCUGACUCGGGAUGCGGAUGGAUUCUUGCUUGAGAGCCUCAUCAUGGGGCAGGAGAGCGCACUGACGACCGCGAUAAGUGGACUGGUGGUGCAGGCCAACGAGGAGUCCGAGGAGCUGCGCCACAACACGGCCGUGCUGACCCAGACCCUGGAGCGUAUGGGCUCACGGGACAAGGAGCUCAGAGGGCAGCUGGCGACCGCCAACAUGGAGCUGGACAGGUUGCGGCAAGUGGUGACAGCCGGGGAGGUGGACAGCCUCUCGACCCGGCUAAUGGAGGCUCAGGCGGCCGGGGAUGCGGCACGGCGGGAGGAGCUCGAGGCCGAGCUGUACGAUGUACGGCAGGACCAGGCUAUGACAGCCGCCCGCGCCGCCAUGUUCGAGUCCCAGGCCAGCGCUCUGGCCACGGAGGUCCGCAACCGCACCCCGCGACCCACCCGAUCUCUGGGCAUGUUGGAUGAGCUGCUGUCUGACUACGCCAGUGAGAAGGCAUGUGCAAUGGCGGCACUUGCCGCAGGUGCGGCCCCCCUGGAGCUCCACCGCCUCAUGCUGGGCAUCACCAGCGACGGCGAGGACAUGAACAACUGGGUGCAUGUGUUCGGCGCCGCGCAAGCCGCGGUCCCGCCCUGGAGCGAUCCCGUCACACACGCCGCUGCGACGGCACCGCAGCAGGACCUCUCCGUCGCCGGAGCUGCUGCCGCGGCGCUGGCGGCGACAACGGCCGCGGCAACAACUACCACAACGACAAAUGGCGGUAGCGGCAGCAACAGCGGCACCAACACGCCGAACCGGUCGGGCCGGAGCAUUGCGAUGGCUUCGGUGCAGUUGGCCCUCCUGAGUCGCCGAGGGGUCAGCUUUGGCGGGCCGCGCGCAAGUCGCAGCUCCUCCGGGCUGUCCCUGGACGGGGGGCCCCAGCAGUGGCCAGGCGGCGAGGGACAGGCUGUGUCCACCGCGGGCCCUGAGGGCAUCAGCGGCUGCUCCCCUGCUCGCCUGAGUGCCAUGGGGGCCCCCAGAGCCUCCCCAUCGCGGCCGAGCACGAUGGGCGGAGUUGGAGGCGGGGAUGCCGCAGCCACUGCUCGUCGUCAGGCCAUGGCGUUGGCUCAGCAGCAGGCGUAUAUGAAGCGGCUGCAUUCGUGGCUCGUCUCCCUAAUGGAAGACGGCGAUGUGCUUGUGCUGAGGCGCCUGUUCCCUGACGAGGCGGUGGACGCCAUGGGCGCGGCACUGCAGCUGGGGGUGCCUAUUCGGGCAAUGUCUUGCUGGCUGCUGGGCUGCCUGUCACCCGGGGGAUAUAACUUCCUGCCGUACAAGGACCUCGUGGGUCUUCUGUCCAGGCAGUUCCAGCACACACCCCUGGACCUGGGGGGCCCUAUCACUUCGGGCCUGGAGCUGGCCUCCAAGAGCACCGGACAGCGGAUCAAAGAAAUGGAGGACAAGGCGGAGGGGCUGCACAGGGAGGUGGUUCGUCUCAAGCGCUGCCUGGCGGACCACAAGCGGGCGGAGAGGGCCCGGGUGAAGGCGGAAGUGGACGCCAAGGAGCGCAAGGUGGUGGUGGGGGCGGUGGCCCGCGAGCGGCCGGUGCCCCCGGUCCACGCCUUCAUGGCGGCCAAGUGGUCGGACUUCUUUGAGGGCCUGGGCUGCAGUGACAAGGUGCCCAAGGUGCUGCACGCGGAGGGCCGGGUGUUCAACAGGAGGGUAGGGUACCUGGUAAGGGGGUCGCGGAGGCGCAUGGAGAAGGUUGAUGCCGAGAAGCUCGUCAACACCAUUUGGGCGGCUAAGGCGGAUUGGCAGUCCCGCAACCCGGGAGCCCGUACGACACUGGCGGAUUUCGUACUCACCUUCAUGCAGCGCAAGUUCGUCAACCCCCGCACCGUAACCGAGACUGCCUACAACCUGAUGUACACUCUGGGUCAGCACUCGUACGACCCGGACUGCCAGCUCUUCAUUCGGGUGCGGUCGGGUGCGGUGGGGGGAAUUCCGGGAGACGAGGGAUCAGGAGGGAGGUGUGGGGGCCCCACCCACCUGUUCCCCGCCGGGGAUCACCCAGCCCGCAGUGCCGCCCGCGGCCAGAUUUUCCUCGGCGAGGUGGACGAGGGCAUCCGGGCUGAUGGGGAGGAGUUGCAGGCUGACCUGAUCCACAUGCUGGCAGGGCCUUUCAGGUUGGAGGGCGUUACUGCGGGUUUCUUUCCGUACAAGAGCCGGGCCCGCUUUGAAGAGCUGCUGGAGGCUCUGGACACUGAGUGGUCGGGCUCCGAGACCAUCAUGUACCGGCGGCUGUUCGACGCCGACCGGGAUCUCAACCAGGGGGUGUUCGCGGAGACCAUACGCACGCAGCAUAUCGAGGAACGGCUGGAGGCGCUGCAGGCUAUCGAGGACGCCCUGGUCGACACAGCGAGCAAGGCCCGCGUGCACUUCGUACCGCCAUCGCUGCUUGCCGCCGUACUGAAGUCCACCGUACAAGAUUGUAACGACGAAUGUAUACGGCAGUACCUUCGAGUCGUGUACGGCAGCGAUGGGGGCAUCCGCCAUGCUGAGGCGGCCGCACCCGCCGCCAACACCUCGUUCUACCGCGCCACUGCCCACUCCAACAAGAGUCGCGGCAAUGGGGGCUCCCCCGGCCGCUUCGCUUCCGCGGCCGCCCAAGCCGCCGCCGCCGCCGCCGCCGCUGAGGCCAGGGAGUCCCUUCCGACUGUGGAGGGGGCUGUGGCCCUCAUCCGUCGCGGCUGGGUGCCGGACAUUCCCACCUUGUCUCCGGCGGUGGAGCGCGGUGACGACAUCCAGAGCCUCCUCACGCCGCGGAAGGUCAGCUGGGCGGCUGCCCUGGGGCAGGUUACAAGCAGAGGGGGAGCGGCACCCGCACCCGCACCUGCAGGAGCAGCGGCAGCAGCAGCAGGCGGCAGCGGGGCUGCUGCUGCUGCUGCUGUUGCUUUUGCCUCGGCGCUGCCCGGCUGGUCACCUGGUCAGAGGGCGGCAUUCAAGCGGCUGCGCUUCCUGCGCGCCAUGCAGUCAGUGAGGGAGGCCUGGCUGCAGCCCUCACCCUCCAGCCCUCACCCUCAAGGCCACCCAACAACUUGCACGCAUCCAUGUCCUGAUGUGGGCGCCUCAGGGCCGUUGGGAAGCACCUCAGUGGAACCGGUGUCGGCCUUUACCGAGAGGAGAGGGUCCGGCCAUGAGGGCCCCGGAGCCACCCCAGGGCCCGGCUCCGCCAAGCCCGAGUCCGACCCCGGCAGUGGGGCCCAGCAGGGCCCCGAUAACCCCAGGGAGGGCCAGCAGGAGGAGGCGGACGGCGGGGCGCCCAAGUUCACGCUGGUUGGGGCCGCUGCGGCUGCGGGUAUACACAUCUCCUCAAUGGACUCACUGCCCACCGCCAAGGACUUUGCGGGCCAGGAGCAGCCCGACCUGGCGGCGCUGGAGGGGGCCCAGAAGAUACUGACCGCCCAGCUCACGGCCGCCGCGGCGGCCAUCACGGUCGCCGCGGCAGGCAGCGGCACCGCUGGCGCCAAAGCCAAAGCUGGGAUUAGAGGUCCCAACCCCGCUGCGGCUGCUGCAGCAGUGGAGGAGGUGGGCGAGCGGCUUCAACGGCUGCGCGCCCUGGGAGCCAUCAUCUCCACGCUGCUUGAGGAGGGGUCCGAGGUGCCUCCCUUCGCUGCCUAUCUAGCCCUCCUGCCUGGGCUCCUCUCGCUGCGGCAGGGGGUGGCGGCAGAUGCCCCGCGCUCUCCAGCACGCUACCGCAGCCGCGCUCUCACCAAAAUCAACAACGACCAGUCAGCAGGUCCACCGCUCCGCACUUUGUCCCUCGUCCGGCAAUCAGCAAGCACUUUUCGUACCUAA